AAAAUACUUUACUUAUUAAGCACUUAAUAAAAAAAUGCAUUAGCAACAGUUUGACGUCGCAUUAGCUGUUCUGCUAGUAAUCAACGCCAGAGAAGUCGAUCGACAAGGAAGUUUAAUCGCACUCACGUGAUCAUCCCACUACAUAAUUACAACGGUAACACCUGCACAAGAAAAAUGAAACGGGCGUUGCAUUUUGUUUUUAAAGUUGGCGACCGGACCAAGACUGCUACAUUUUAUCGAGAUGUCCUGGGAAUGAAGGUUUUGCGCCACGAGGAGUUUGACGAAGGCUGCAAAGCAACCUGCAACGGUCCCUAUGAUGGAAAAUGGAGCAAGACUAUGGUUGGCUUUGGUCCGGAGGAUGAUCAUUUUGUAGCUGAGCUCACGUACAACUACGGGGUGGCAGAAUAUCAACUUGGAAAUGAUUUCUUGGGGCUGACCCUGCACUCAAGCAAAGCUGUGUGCAAUGCCAAGCGCCUUGGAUGGCCUCUCACACAGGUAGAAGACGGCCUCUAUCUGACCCAAGCUCCAGGCGGUUAUCAGUUCUAUUUGGUGGAUGGAGAGCAGCCUCACAAAGACCCGGUGCAGAAAGUUUGCCUAGGCGUGUCAGACCUCUCGAGGUCGACCAACUACUGGUCUACACUGUUAGGAAUGACAGUGAUGGAAAAGAAUGAGGACAAGAAGACAGUAUUGUUGGGAUUUGGAGACACUCAGUGUAAACUGGAACUUCACGACAUUAGUGGCACUGUAGACCACGGAACAGCAUUUGGAAGGAUUGCAUUUUCAUGCCCCAGGGAUCAACUUCCUGACCUGGAAGCCUUGAUGAAAAAAGAAAACGAGAACAUUCUCACACCUUUAGUUAGCUUGGACACACCUGGGAAAGCCACUGUAGAAGUUGUUAUUUUGGCUGACCCGGAUGGCCAUGAGAUUUGCUUUGUGGGAGAUGAAGCAUUCCGACAGCUUUCCACAGUGGACCCCAAAGGUGACGAGCUACUCGAUAAGGCAAUGGCUGAUGACAAAAGCAAUGAGUGGUUUGCCAAGCACAACAGACAGAAAGCUGCUGCAUGAGAUGGACUACGCUUACUUACUGCAAAACUGCCAACCGCCACCUGUUUAGAAAAGAUGCUUCUGUUCCCUUCUUUCAACUUUUAAAGCAUUUAUAGGACAACAACAAACGCAAUUUUACAUAUUAUCAUUCUAUGGCAAAAGUUCUCAAAAUUUACUACCUCCAAAAUAUGUAGUUUUGCAAGUACAGUCGUCCCUCGCUACAUUACAGUUGGAACAUUGCUCCGUUUUUUAAAAAUCCCAUUCAUUUUUUUUUCUAUGCCGCUUAAUCCUCACUCUGGUAAGUUGACAUGAUGGGGGGGGGGAGUUCUCCCAUUUCAUGUGGAAGUGGUACAUUUUUGGCUUCUUACUUUCCCCUUCUUCUCCACUCAAUUCGAAACACUUGCUUAAGUUUAGAAUAAGUAAAAUGGAGAGGCUAACUAGUUAGCUCGGUAGUCCCACUGGCAGUUUCCAAAUUAAAUUUUUUUUAAAAAAACCUUUAACAUAGAGGCUGUAACUGGCAACAUGACUUGCAGUGCUACUGUGGCACGCUUAAGUCCCACAGGAAAUAGUCAGAUGCAAUCCGUAGCUUGUACAAAAAAGCGAUCCAACCCAACACGUCAACACACACGUGGCACACAACAUAACCUACAGACUGCACCAUGUGGGCGUACAAACAAAAGCCUACGCACAACACCCAUGCCGAGAUUCCACCCAUUUAUUCCGCCGCAAGGCAUGCUGGGUAGCUUGUGGUACUCUCGUUCCCAACAUGUUUCCGUGUUUGUCGCAUUUUUGCUUGAUUAUAAAACAUGUUGAGGAAGUUGUUGGGAGUAAACGAGACAUUCACAUACUCCUGAUAUCCAAUGUUUUAUGAUUCAUAGUUCAUAUUGUUAUUGCUGCUGGACUACCCAGCAUGCCUUGUGGGCACUAUUACCCAGAUAGUAGCAGUAGUAGUUAAUUUAUGUGAUGUGUUAACUUGUUGUGGAUGUAUUGUGUUAUUUUGUUGCACCAUGACUAAGAACGUAGUUCUGUUUGAUGACCACCUAUGUAUACACAGCCCCUCGGGCUAAUUUUUUAACCCAAUGUGGCCCAUGAGUCAGAACGUUUGCCCGCCCAUGGCUUAGCAUCACGGUUUAGCUUGGAAUGUGUGGCUUGCGCUCGCAGGUAAAUUGGCUUGUGACAUGUGAGAUGAGUUAAACAUUAAUUUGAGUGUAAUUUCAGCAAAUCUUUGGUUCAUGAAUUUGUGUUACAACACAAGCAUUCAGGAUGUCUCUAAUGCAGCGACAUGCGGUGAGGUUCAUUGCUGGUGAGGCGCUCCUUUAUUUGCUUUAUGUUAAUACAGGUUGCUCAUUAAGAGGGUAGCAAGAAAAAUGCCGACGGUCUCCAGUUGCGUUCAAUAAAUGCUUCUGCAAACAUUAUUUUGGCAACAUGCUGAUAAACAGAAAUUGCCAUCCAGUACAGUGCACUCCAAGCCGAGAGGAGAGCCUCGCCUGAGCCUCACUCGGUUUCUGCCCCGAAUGUGGGAAAAAAUGUUUAAAACAAUUGGAAUCAUACAGAAAAUCCAUUCAUAACAGUUCAAUUGACUAAUGUUAUUAUUUGAUUCAUGUUAUCAAGUUUAAAAAAAAAAAAAACAACAACAAUGUCAUGCCUCCCCUGACCACAUAUCACUGUGCUAAUAUUUUCUACCAGUGUCUGAGUACCACUAGAUGAAGCCCAUGUACCACCAUUGGGGCCUGUGCCACUGUUUGAGAAUAGGUUAUUUAGGAGUCCUUUAUACUGUAUGAACUAUAACAGAAAUGUGUUGAGUUUUUACUUUAAAUUGGAAAAUGGCUUUGAAAGACCAAACUACUACUACUACUACUACAGUCAACACCACCAAAAGAACACAAUAUUUCAAGAUCUGACACUGUUUAAAUUGUAUCUUAAUAGUGAUUUUGAACAUUGUAAACGUGCAACAUUCGCUUGUUUUUGUCUUUUACCAAAUCCCCAGCUAGUUGCUGCUUUAAUUAAACUUUU